UCCGUGUUUGUACGGGUAAACCACAACGCAUCAUUGGUCUGCCCGCGCAUACCGGAAGGCAUAUCUCCUCAGAAUCCUCUGGUCUGGUGGAAAGACGACGUCCUCGUCCAGACCGCCGACCCGCAGGGAAGCCAGAGUUCAGUGGGUCAGCGAGUAUGGAUGAGAAACAGUCAACUGUAUAUCAGCCGUGCCCUGACCGACGACUCCGGUGAAUAUUCCUGCGGAAUACAGGGCCAGAGGAAGCCCGCCGGGACCGUGAAGCUCUUCGUGCAAGACGUGCCCGACCCGCCUGGAACGCCCCUGGUUGGGUUUUUCUCUUCCCGUACGGUGGACCUGUCCUGGACCACUUCCCGAAACACACACCACUCUCCGAUUCUACAUUACAUCAUUGAAAUUCGCGUUGGCGAACACGGAGAGUGGGACUCGCGGAAUCGCGUCAUGACCAAGGACAACGUGACCAGGCAUCAGCUGAUCGGUCUCCAACCGUUCACAGUGUAUUCCUUCCGGGUUUUGGCCGUCAACACCAUCGGAGCUUCCAAGCCGUCCAAGCAGAGCUUUUUCAUGAUCACCCUUCGUGAAAUUCCUGAAGGCAAGCCGCACAUUGUCUACGCGCAAAACACGUCGUCUACGUCGAUCAGAAUCCAAUGGACUCCUCCGCCGAAGAACACCAUUCACGGCGAAUUCGAAGGAUACCGCAUAACAUACAAGCAGCGAGAGCGAGCAGAAACUGACGAACCGCGGGAAGUCAUCAUCCGGAACAGUCAGACUACGCACUACACCAUCAGGAACCUCGAGGUGUACACUCAGUACCUCGUCUCGCUGCAAGUUUUCAACCCAGCAGGUCGUGGACCUCCGGUUGUGGUUCCCGUGAUGACAGACGAAGGCAUUCCCUCAGCGCCGCAAAAUCUCACAGCGGAUAAGGUCACCCAGUCUAGUGUUCUGCUACAUUGGGCCGAACCAGCCCAACCUAACGGAGUGAUUCGUGGUUACCUGAUCCACUUUUCGCAAGCUAGUUCCAGAAAUGAGACACAGGUUAAAAAAGUUAUUGGGUCUCGUCCGCUUAACGAAUACAUCCUCUCAGAUCUCAAACCGUUUUCGUUAUACCACAUUUGGGUGAAGGCGUAUACGCAGCGGCACACCGGGGAUAAUUCGAACGCUGUCGAGGUGAAGACGGAUGUCGCCGGGCCUUCGGCACCUCCGAUCUUCAACCUGACCUGCCACAACAGUGACAGUCUCUAUAUCGCCUGGGGACGGCCGUCGCGGUACUACUCUCAUGUCGAUAUGUACUAUGUGCACUACCGAUCAGAAUAUGCUUGGAGUUUCGAAGAGAUCGCUAUGGACGCUAGUCAGGAUCCAUCGCAAGAGCAUCACAUGCUUAUCCCUAACCUAACCGCAAACACUCUGUACGAAGUCAAAGUGCAGGGUGCUACGCGAUCCGUGCUUUAUCACUCCAAGUUGUAUAAAGGCGAGUUCUCUGAAUCCAGGAGAGUGAUUCUGUCUGGGACAGGUGGUAGAUGCCAGUCGUGGCUGGGAGGACAAUACCCUUACUCUGGAGGAGUUGGGGCCGCGUUGAUUGCCGGAAUCGUGUGCCUCUCGUUCGCACUUCUCCUAGCCUUGGUGUCGUUCUUCUUUUGGAAAAAACACUUCCAGGCUGCUUACUACUAUCUCGACGAUCCAGUUCCCGGAGACAGAGCCUCGUCGACCCUCGUCCUCCUUUCGGAUACAUUUGAGGAUGGCGACUUUAAGCCCAUCGACGUCUGUCAAUGGACCAAGCACGUAGCGGAUCUGCAUGCUGACGGCGAUAUCGGUUUCAGUAGGGAAUACGAUUCCCUGCAACAAACGUUCGAGGCCGAGCUCACGUCAGACUUUUCGCAGCUCGACGAGAAUAAGCCCAAAAACAGAUACGUCAACAUUGUCGCCUAUGACCAAACUCGGGUCACGCUCAAGCCGCUAACCGAGAAACAGAAGAGGUAUCCGGAUUACAUUAACGCAAACUACAUCGACGGAUAUCAAAAACCCAGAGCCUAUAUCGGCACUCAAGGUCCCAUGCCAUCGACAUUCGACGAUUACUGGCGAAUGGUGUGGGAGCAGCGUGUCCACGUUAUUGUGAUGAUCACUAAUCUGAUCGAAAGGUCUAGGCGCAAGUGCGAUCAAUACUGGCCGAGCGAAGGAUCGUGCUCAUACGGCCAAAUCCAAGUGAAAUUCGUGUCAGAAGACGUCAUGUCCACGUACACCGUGCGUCAGUUCAUCGUACGUCAUCUCAAGCAGAAAAAAGUCGGCGAACGAACAAUCGUUCAAUACCACUACACCAAUUGGCCAGACCACGGUGUACCUGAUCAUCCGCUGCCGGUGUUGUCUUUCGUCGUGCGAUCCUCGGCCGCGAAUCCUCCGGGAGCAGGCCCCAUUAUAGUGCACUGCUCCGCAGGUGUCGGUCGUACGGGAACGUACAUCGUCAUCGACGCCAUGCUGCGAAUGAUGCGUCAGAAAAAAUGCAUCAACGUUUACGGUUUCCUGAAGCAUAUCCGUAGACAGCGCAACUAUCUCGUGCAAACCGAGGAACAGUACGUGUUCAUCCACGACGCGUUGCUGGAAGCCAUCGAGAGCGGAGCUCCAACCGAAGUGCCGGCCGGCCAGCUGCCGCGCUUCACGCAGACCCUGGCUCAACCUUCGGCCAACGGAGGAUUGUCUCUGCUCGAACGUCAAUUCAAACUGGUCACUGUUUUCAAAGCGAAAGACUUCAACGUUGUGUCUGCGCUGAAGAACUGCAAUAAGCCGAAGAACCGCUCGCUGAACCUCCUGCCAAUCGAGCACUUCCGAGUGCACAUCACUGCCAAACCGGGCCAGGAGGGCAGUGAUUACAUCAAUGCGACUUUCGUCCAGGGAUUCCGACGUCUGCGAGAGUACGUCCUCACUCAACAUCCGUUGGCCGACACGAUCGCCGACUUCUGGCAAAUGGUCUGGGACCACAACAUGAAAGUGAUGGUGCUGCUCUGCUGCGAUCAGGACGGGAAGGAGUUCCCAUCCUUUUUCCCCGCCCAAGUUGGAGCCAGCGAAUCCUACGAGCAGUUCACCAUCAAGCGACAGACCAACGAUCGAAUCAUUCUGUCGCACGGCCAGGACGCCGAUCACACUCAGGAGAUCAUGCUGCUCCAUGCUCCAACAUGGCUAUCGGGAUGCAAGGCGCUGUUUGAGCUCUUUACAUUGAUCAAACAGGCCCUAGCGGCCCAAGGCGGCAGCGAGUCUCCGAUUCUCGUGGUGGACCGGAUCGGUGGAACCGAAGGAGCCACUUUCUGCGUACUUUCCUCACUAUACCAACAGAUCAAUUCGCCCCUGGAACGCGCUGCAGAUGUUUAUCUGUACACCAAGCUGCUCCAUCUGAGGCGGCCGGGCGUAUGGAGAUCCAUACAAGACCUGCACAGUCUCUACCAGUGUAUGUACCACGGAGUCGUACUGCACCAGGGUGCCGCGAAUAGUGCCCUCGCCAGAUCAGUAUCGUCACAAUAAUCUACUAAACG